AUGACUGGACUAAAGAAAAGGGGUAUGCUCUCUGGUGCGGCAACGUGUAAACUAUGCAGAGAUCAGGGAGAAGACGCAGACCAUCUUUUUACGGGGUGUUAUGUAGCAGCGAUAUUGUGGCAUAAAGUGAGCACAUGGUGUAAAAUCCAGCCAAUCUUUGCUUUCACUAUGAAAGAUUUGUUGGAGUUUCAUAAAACACAGCUUAUGGAAGAACCAAAGAGAAAAUAUGUUAAAACCAUCAUUUUAGCAACUUGUUGGAGCAUUUGGAAAGCAAGGAAUGAAGGAAUUUUUAACGGGAAGAGAGCAAGCAUAGAUGGGAUUUUUGGAGAAAUGCAGGCGAACUUUUGUGGAUUAAAUGCAGAGCAAAGAAAAUGGAUUUUGAUUGGAGGAGCUGGGCAAAUUUUGAGUUUUUAUAAUGGAGAAUGA